AGGGCAAUUCGUACAUCUUUAACUCUAUUAGGGAGCUUUCUCUCUCUUUCUCGUUUUUUCGUUCUUUCUUUUUUCUUCGAUCUGAAACCCAAAACUCUGAAACUACGUCGUUUUGAACUCGAACAGAGAUCUUCCUUCUCUUAAAUCUUCCUAGCGAUCUCUCUAACCCCAACCCUUAUAUCCCUCCUUCUCUUUUUCUCUCUCCCCCUGGUUUCGAUCGCUUUUUCACCUCUCUGUUUUCUUCCUAUCCAAAAACCCUCCCUAUUUUUUUAUUCAUCAUAGGCUUGAAAGUUGAAACCGCGAACCAUUAUCAUCUCAGGUUGCCUGAAAUUUGUUUGAAUGACCCUGCAAGGACAGUUGAAAUAUGACAUCAAGUAUGUUGUCUGGAGAUCGAAGAUGGGCUCCCUCUACCACGGGCAAAAGAGGUGGCUUGACUGUACUGGGGAAAGUGGUUGUUCCAAAGCCUAUUAACUUACCCAGUCAAAGGUCAGAAAAUCAUGGCUUGGAUCCCAAUGUUGAGAUUGUACCCAAGGGUACCCUUGGCUGGGGCAGUAAAUCAUCUUGUCCGUGGGGUUCUUCAUCACUUUCUCCUAAUACUGAUGGUGGUGGAUCUCCAAGUUUUCUAAGUGGCCGCCCUUCUUCUGGAAGUGGCACUCGCCCUUCAACUGCAAGCAGUGAUAGAGCUCAUGAACCUACAAUUAAUGUUUCUGGUCCAAAUUCUAGGCCAUCGUCAGCUUCUGGGGCAUUGACCUCAAGCCAGACAUCACUGAUAGCAUUGCGCCCUCGAAGUGCGGAAACAAGACCUGGUAGCUCACAGCUUUCACGAUUUGCUGAACACUCUGAGCAUCAAGUGGCAUGGAAUGCUGCUGGGACUGCAGAAAAAUUGGGUGUAACGCCACCAAAAAAUGAUGGAUUUUCGCUUACUUCUGGAGACUUUCCGACACUUGGUUCAGGAAAAGAAAGUUCCGAUCAGAGUUCUCAUAGCCGUCCUGGUUCAUCCUCCAGUGGAUUAGGAACAACUAAAGAGAGGAUCGGGACUUCUGGUACUGGUGAUCUUUCAACAAGAGACAUUGUAAAAAAUGACACGGUAAAUUCUUGGAAAAGAGAUAGUCCACCGUACUGUGAAGAUGGGGUUAGGCCUGGUCAGGAAAAGUGGCAGGGGAAUAACCAAACUUACCCUCCCCAUCCACAGCAUUAUGAAUUUGAUGGUUGGCGUGGCGCUCCAUUAAAUAACCCUCAAGGGGGUGUUUGGUUUAGAGGACCUCCAGGAGGUCCUUAUGGAAAUCCGGUUGCUGCUGCUGGUUAUCCAAUGGAACCCUUCCCAUAUUAUCGUCCACAUAUGCCCACUGCUGGUCUUCCCAAUCCACAGCCGAUUCCCCCACCUGGAGCUGGGCCAAGAGGUCCUCAUCCUAAAAAUGGAGAUAUGUACAGACCUCAUAUGCCAGAUGCAUUCAUUCGCCCAGGUGUGCCUAUGCAGCCUGGUUUUUACCCUGGUCCAGUAACCUACGAGGGUUACUACGGUCCUCCUAUGGGAUACUGUAGUUCAAAUGAUCGUGAUGUUCCUUUUAUGGGCAUGGCAGCUCGUCCUGUUUAUAACAUGUAUCCUGGCCAAGUUGCUCCUGAGCCUGGGAAUUCCCAUGGACGGUCUAGUGGAUAUGGCUCUGUCAACCAGACACAGGUAGUAGAACAAGUGGAAUCAGUUCAUCCCCAGGAUAAUCGAGGACCAUACAAGGUCCUUCUGAAGCAGCAUGAUGGUUAUGAUAGAAAAAUUGAGGAGCAUAAAAGCGAGAGUGCUGUAGCCCUUGAUACAUCAAGGGGAGAUCAGCCAAAGACAACUUCAUACUGGGAAGAUGACUGGAGAUCAUAUAAAAAGGAUGAGGUAAGGGAUUUAAGGAAAGCCCCUGUGGAAGAAGCUUCAUUUCCGAAUUCCGACAACAAAGGUGCUCUUUUAGUCCCUGUCAAAGUGAAGUCCCCUAGUAGUGGGGGAAAUAUGAAGGUCAUUGAUGAGAUUUCAGGAAAGAAAUUGGAAAGUGAGGCCUUGGGUUUGUCAAAAGCUUCACCACUUCCAGCUGCCCCAAAAGAUUCCAGUCUGAUCCAGAGAUUAGAAGAAUUAAAUGCAAAAGCACGUGCUUCUGAUGGGCGUAACGAAACCAUAAUUGCUUCCAGUGGGGAAGAUCGAAAAAAUAAAUUUCAUUCAAAUGCAAAAGGUACACAGAAUAGGAAUGAAUCUGGGGGCGGUUCCUCAUAUCCUGAGAAAACUUAUACUGCUGAUAUUAGCAGCUCCAACAACCGAAAAGUUGGCCUCUCUGGGGGAGAUAAGAAACUUGAUUCAAAAGUUGGCUCUGAAACAAACAUCUCCAGGAUGUCUUCACAAUCUUCACAAUCCAGAAGUGAUCAUUAUGGUAAAGGAAGAUUUAUUACACAGGAUGGUGAAGGCUGGCAAAAGAAGCCUUCAAUUUCUGAGUCUGGAGCUGUGAACUCAGAAACUUCUAAUAUUCAUGGUCACGAUCACCACCGUGGAUCUCAGGAGGCUGAAAAUUCAGGUUCUGGGUUACUUCCUCAUGGCAAACUUGAAGGGCAGCCUUUGCUGCCAAUGUUAGAUCGAAGCAAUAACCAGGCCCAGCGAGCAAAGAAUAAGGAGCUGGCCAAGCAAAAAGCCAAGCAAUUGCAGGAGGAAGAGGAGGAGCGAAGUAAGAAGCAGGCAGCCAGGGCUCGUGCAAAGCUGGAAGAAUUGGAUAGGCGAACAAAAGCAGUAGAAGAGUCAACUCAGAACCUGGAAAAUGCUUCUAGUGGUACUGUCCAGAAUAAGCAAGAACAAUCUCAGCCUUCUGGUGAAACCUUUAUAGCUGACAAGAGCUAUGGGCCACCAAAGACAGCUUUGGGCUCUAAAUCAAAUGUAGUUGCUCAAGUUAACGAGAGCUACCCAAGUGGAGCUGAAAAAGCCUCUUUACCGUGCGAACUACCUUUAGAGGCUCCGAAGGGUGUGUCUGGGGAACCUCCAAGGAUGCAUGCUCAAUCUAAGUCCUCGCAGCAUGAGGUUAAUGGUGCUUUUGCUGCUCAUCACAGUAAUGUUCCUCAAGGUCUUGAAAGUAAUGUAUCUAAACAGAAGCAUACAGGUUUUAAGCAAAAGCAUGCCACCACACUGGAGGUGCCAAAAACUCGGGCAGCUGCCGAGAGUAAUGAUACAUCUCUUUGUGUUGUAACCAAUGAUGUUCUCCCGGGUGGUGGGUCAACUGUCCCUGUAAAUGCAAGUGCCAGUAGUGAUUCCUCUCUACAUCCACGAAAGAAGAAUAGUAAGAAUGGAAAGAACAAGCACAAGUUAGAAGAUGUUUCAGUUGUGUCUACUUCAGCACCAUUGGGAUCAAAAGAGAACCCUGCAAAUUUGUCUCUUGGAAGUUCUCAGCCGAAGGCAUCUGAAUCUCAGUUGGAUCCUAGUGCAGUUCAGUUGCAGUCCGUUUCUAGAGAUGUAGAUCGGCCUUUAGAGCAACACCCAUCUUCACCAAAUGAGGACUCUCAUAGUCAUGGAAGAGUUAACAGCCAAUUGAAACCUCAACAGUCACGAAGGAUGCCUAGAAAUCCUCAAGGUAAUAGACCUGCAGAAAAGCUUCAUGGCAGUGAUGCAGUUGUCUGGGCACCCAUUCGGUCACAGAACAAAGCUGAGAUUACUGAUGAACCCAGCCCUAAAAAUGCAGUUGAUAUAGUUGGUCCUUUUGUCAAGUCUGAUCCCCAAGUACAGAAUAAUUUGAAAAAUAAAAGGGCAGAAAUGGAGAGGUAUGUCCCAAAACCUGUAGCAAAAGAAAUGGCACAGCAUGGAGGUAGUCACAUUGUGACUUCUGAAGUCAAUCAGACUACUGUCGAUGAAUCUACUGCAAGAGCAAAUACUGAAAGUACUCACAGUACUGGAAUGGUUGCUGGGAAAUUGGGUUUCUCUGUGGAUCCUCGUAAUGGGAUUGGCAGGCAUAAUAAACAGGGGAAAUCACAGGGAUCAUGGCGGCAACGGGUAUCAACAGAAUCAACCAGUACUCAAAUUUUGCAAGAUGCGCCAUCAUAUACUACAAGUCAUAUCCAGAAGAAGCCAAAAUCAAAUGAACAUCAGCAUCAUCAAAACACUGAUGCAAGCUCUGUGCAAGAGCAACAAAAGUGUACUGGUGAAUGGGGCACUAAUGAUGGCUGGGGCAUUUUUAAUGACCCUAGCCCUGUUGAACCUGUCUCAGUGUCUACCGUUAUAGAUCAGGGAGUUGCAGUUAGAGGAAAGCGACAUGGUUUUAAGGGACACAAAGGCAUGGGGAAUAAUUGUGAUCUUGAUCAAAAUCAAAAGAAAAGCAAUAGUAGGGAGAAUGACAAAAAUUACACUCAAUCUUCAACCACUGAGAUGAGUAAGGUGGAGGUGUCUGCUCCUGCUAAAGAAAAUCGAGGUAUUGGGGAACAUUCAGUGUCUCAUUGGCAACCAAAGGCUCAGGCAGUUUCAACUGGUCAUCAUCAGCGGGGUGUCAGACAUAAUAUUAGUCAAAAUCCUGGUGCUGAAGUUGCUUGGACUAACAAAUCACAAUCCAAUCGACAUGAUGGAGUGUUGCCACCACCGACUCAGGACAAAGUUACUAAUAAUUCUUCAGGCCAGAUUCAUCGUGAUCAACCAGUUUCUGAAAAAAACAAUGCUGAGGAUGCAUCACAUGCUAGGCUACAAGAGCCUAGAAGAGAGAGGAAGUCUGCUUCAUUCAAGGGAAACCCCCACAUUUCAAACAAAGGUCCUGCUUAUCCAGUUGAACCACCUUCAGUGAAAGUGGAUGUUCAACAGGAACAACACAUGUCGUCAGGAUUCCGCAAAAGUGGAAACCAGAACAGGCGAUUCAGCAAAGCUCAAGAGACUCGUGGAGAUUGGAAUUAUUCUGGACAAGAUAACAAGCAAAAUAAUCCACCUCCAAACAGGGAAAAACCAAGGCAAAAUUCACAUUAUGAGUAUCAACCAGUUGGGCCCUACAACAAGUCUAGCAGUUCUGAUGGACCUAAAGAUGGUACCGACAAUUCAGGUGCUAGGGUCCGGGGUAGGGGGGGCCAGAAUCAUUCAAGACGUGGUGGGGGUGGAAACUUUAAUGGACGACAAAGUGGAGUUCAAGUUGAUGCCGGUUAUGAGUAGUAGUGUACCUUUAUGGACAGCAAAGUGGAGUUCAUGUAGACACUGGUUAUGGUUAGUGGAUUAUACAAGUAAAAUCUCAACUCUCAAGGCCUUGUUUUGUUGAUAAAACCUGACUUUUGUGGUUUGUAGUGGCGGCGUUUUGAUCAAUUUUACCAGGUACUUACGAAACGAUAUAUUUGCUGGAAUUUUCUGAUGUUUAUAUUUGUAAAAAGCAGAAGGGUGGUCUGACAAAAUCCUAUGAAACUGAAACAGGGGUGUGGAGAAGGUAUGCUGAUCGGCGGCAACAACAACAACAACAACAAAACGGAGAGAGUAUUCUGAGUGAUUUAGAGUUUGGGGGUAUUUGGAUGUGGAAUAUUUUUUUAAUUUUAAUUUUUAACAGAUGUAUCUUAAAUGAAAACAUUGUAGUUGGUCCCGGCUUGUUUCCUGUGGAACCCUUGUAUUUAGCGACAGUAUAUUCCUCUUUUAAAAUGUUAAAACGCUGUAGGGAGGAAGGGAGGGGGAAUGAAUUAGAAAAAGUUUGUUUUUUUGGUUCUCAAUCUGAUUUCUGUUCAAGAUGGAUGUGUAGAACCUAAACAUUUGUUUUUUUUUUUCAUUUGUGUACCAGUUUCCUGCUCUGUCUGAGCCUAAAAAUCCUGUAAAAGGAUUGUCUUCUAAUGUGUA